AUGCAAAUGAAAAACGUGAAAGAUAUCAAGAAAAUUUCAGACGGGGUUCUGAUAUUACAUGACCCGGAAACACAAUCAAAGACAAACUUUGACCUCGCCCAGGUUCCUCCGGUUGACAUUUCCACCUCGUCUCAUCUCAACCUGAAAAUUCUAUCAGGUCUCUUGACCGCUACAUCAGAUGUCAUUGCUUCUUUUGGGUAUGUAGAUAAACCAGGCUGCAAGGGAAAAGAAACUGACACUGUCCACUCAUGCACAGAGAGCACUGGUCUUUUCUUCUCACCAAACUACUUCGAUCUGUACCCUCCAAACCUCGACCGUUCCUGGGAGAUCAGUACCCGGCCUUGGUCCCAAAUCAUCCUCCGUUUUAUCGAAUUCGACGUCGCUUCCCUCGAUGAGCGGUGCCAAGAGGACUUUGUGGUUGUCACUGACGUAUCGAAUUCGGCAAUCAUCGGGCGCUUCUGCAGUCAGACACCUCCGUCGGGCGACUACAUGUCUUCUUUAAACAGGAUGCGUCUUUCUUUUCACUCUGAUGGCAUUGAAGGUGGCGCGGGAUUCUUGGCAGAAUAUGAUACAGGGCAUCUGAUACCUGAUGUGUUCUCGGCAUCUAAUUUUACCAAUGAAACUUGUCAGACGGGUUGGGACUACUUCCGGCGAUCCUGCUAUAAGCUCUUUGUCAGCUCUGUCGUCAUAACAUGGAACGAGGCAGAGGCAGAAUGUGAAACCGUAGAGGACGCACACUUGAUCAGUAUUCACGAUAAGGAUGAGAUGACGAUGCUGCACUAUAUGAUCUCAACUCAAUGGCAGACUGUAGAUACAAAGACGUACAUAGGCCUCGGACAUAGGGACCAAAGAGGGGUAUUCAAAUGGACUGAUGAAACACCCAUGUCUUAUACUGAUUGGUAUAUUCCCCAAUACAAUGAAGAAGGAGAAAAACAACCAGACGGCGGAAUGUUAGAAGCAUGUACAAUGCUAGUCUUUGAUCCAGCCACAUCGACGGAUCUUUCGACAGAUCUUUGGCAUGAUGUUGCCUGUGCUUCUCCUGAAACGAGGCAGUUUGUUUGCAAAACCCAAGCUACAGGUUCGCAGUGGAAUUCAACAGUUCAUAUCUACAAGCCAGAUUCUAUUGGACAAUGCGAUCCCGGACUAUUCCAUUGUAGCUCAGGGGAAUGCAUACGUGACGUCUUUGUAUGUGACGGUGCCAAAUAUUGCAAAGACUUCAGCGACGAAAAUGACUGCUUUGCAGGUUGCGAUGAAAACCAAUAUGAAUGUCAAGAUGAGUUAUGCAUAUCGAUUUCGUUUGUCUGUGACACCAUUUCUGAUUGUGAGGAUAAUUCGGAUGAAAUUAAUUGCGCGCAUCUCAACCAAUGGACCGCGAAGCUGUAUCAGGUGGGUCGCAAGAAGCUCCAGAAGGAGAAAAAAUAG